AUGCCUUCCUCGCUCUGGACAUCUUGCUUCGUCGCUACAGCUCUUCUGACCCCUUCGAUCUCAGCAUACCAAACUCUUGCGCAUCGUGGCCUGUUCCACGACGUGACUGAUGGCUCCAACAUCGCCGAGAACACCGUCUCAGCCCUCCAGCGCGCAGCAGACUUCGGUCUGCCAGGCGUUGAGUUCGACGUUCGUCCCUCUAAGGAUGGAGUUCUGUGGGUCACUCACGACAUGAUCUCAAAUCGUGCUACAAUCCAGGAUAAUGCAAAGGGUUUGAUGAACCCGAUCGAUGUGGCUCUGAAGUCUCAGCCAGCACCAAAACCAAUCUUCAUCAACCAACACUUCGCAGACUUCUGGAACCUGGUUCCUCUCAAGGUGUACGGCCGUCAAGGCAAGAUCAUCAAGCCUGAUGGCGCUCAGAAGAUGGAGUUCUUGGAAGCAAUGCUGGGCCAUCUGAAGAACCUGGAUAAGCCAAAUUUCAUGCUCAUACUUGACAUCCAGGACCCAGGUACCUUCAAAACGGCGGCCGGUCUAGUCAAGAAGACCGGAACUUCAAAGCAGGUGUAUCUCAAAUUCUUCGCCAAGAAGGCCAUCGACUCAACCAAUCACAAGCUCAACCAGAAGGAUCACAAGGCCACAUGCCUGCAGUACGCCAAGGACAACGGCUUCGACGGUCUCCAGGUCAUCCCUCAGAUCAACGACGGCGAGCUCACGAUCGUGAACAACAAAGCCUACCUCGAUGUUUUCCAGUAUCGCUUCUUGGUCACUGAGUACUUGUCUUGCUGGUUCGAUGCUCAACGGGCUUUCAACACCGGGGCCGCCAUUGUGCCAAUCGUCAGCGCCAGCGUACCCUUCCAGAACAACCCUGCUCACCAAGCCGGUCAAGACGCCCUCUUGUGGGCAUCUGAUGCUCGUGGAACCUGUCAGCUCUACUCCUGGGAUUCGACCAACGUAGCUGCUCGCUUGUUCAACACAGAUGCUCAGCAAGACAAAGAGCAGUUUGCGAGGGCGUUCAUCCGAAGCGAAGACUACAUCGUGAUCGAUGUGAUGGGAGACGUCAAGACACACACGUACAGUGGUGACUUCACUUUCUUCAAGAACAAUCUGUGCUAG